AUGAGGAUCCGUCUGGCGAGAAGAUGGACGUGGGUCCGCAAAAGCUGCGUGUUUCUCGGCUUCUUGAUGCUCGCUUACUUUGUGGUCGAGCUGUCGGUUUCUUCCUUCGGUGCCUCCCUCGCCGGGGAGAGCAUCACCAAAGGGAAAUGGGAGAGGCGCUUCUCUGACAGAGCAGAAGAGGCUGUGGAUUUGGCUCGUCCAGUUUAUGACAAAUCCCCGCCUGAUCCUUAUGCCCCAGGAGAAUGGGGUAAGUCCUCUCAUCUGCAGCUGAGUCCGGAGGAAAAGAAACAGGAAGAAGAGCUGAUUGAGAAGUAUGCAAUUAAUAUUUUUUUGAGUGAUAAAAUCUCUCUCCACCGGCACAUUGAAGAUAACCGACUGAGUGGCUGUAAAACUAAAUCUUUCGACUACAGAAGACUGCCCACAACGUCUGUUAUAAUCGCUUUUUACAAUGAAGCCUGGUCAACGUUGCUGCGGACGAUACAUAGUGUUCUUGAAACAUCACCUUCAGUGCUUCUAAAAGAAAUUAUACUGGUAGAUGACUUGAGUGAUAAAGUGUAUUUGAAGACUGAACUAGAAAAAUACAUAAGCAGCCUGAAAAGAGUUCGUCUGAUAAGAACCAACAAACGGGAAGGACUGGUUCGUGCACGCUUAAUUGGUGCUACCUUUGCUACUGGUGAUGUCCUCACGUUUCUAGACUGCCACUGUGAAUGUGUCUCUGGCUGGCUGGAACCACUGCUCGAGAGGAUUGCCGAGAACGAGACUGUUAUUGUUUGUCCUGUCAUCGACACCAUUGACUGGAAAACAUUUGAAUACUACAUGCAAACGGCAGAGCCCAUGAUUGGGGGGUUUGACUGGCGGCUGACGUUCCAGUGGCACUUGGUGCCUAAACAUGAACGUCUCAGACGCAAAUCUGAAACUGACCCAAUCAGGUCCCCAACUAUGGCUGGUGGCUUGUUUGCUGUCAGCAAGAAGUAUUUUGAGUAUCUGGGCACCUACGAUACCGGAAUGGAUGUUUGGGGAGGGGAGAACUUAGAAUUAUCGUUUAGGGUUUGGCAGUGUGGGGGCAUGUUGGAAAUUCAUCCGUGCUCCCACGUGGGCCAUGUGUUUCCAAAGCGUGCACCCUAUGCUAGACCGAAUUUCCUUCAGAACACGGUGCGUGCUGCUGAGGUGUGGAUGGACGAGUACAAAGAGCAGUUUUACAACAGAAAUCCUUCAGCAAGAAAAGAAAACUAUGGAGAUAUUUCUGAAAGAAAGAUACUAAGAGAGCGUUUGAAAUGCAAGAGUUUUAGCUGGUAUUUAAAAAAUGUAUUUGCUGAGUUGCAUAUACCAGAAGAUCGUCCUGGUUGGCACGGUGCUAUCCGCAGCGCAGGAAUAGCUUCAGAAUGCCUUGACUACGUCUUACCAGAACAUAAUCCUACUGGGGCUCACCUUUCUCUCUUUGGAUGUCAUGGUCAGGGAGGCAAUCAAUUUUUUGAAUACACAUCAAAUAAGGAGAUUAGAUUUAACUCUGUAACUGAGCUAUGUGCUGAAGUCCCUGAGCAUGAAGACUUCAUAGGUAUGAGGAGCUGCCCAAAAGAUGGGUCUCCUGUCCCAGAGAUUAUUAUAUGGCAUUUCAGAGAAGAUGGGACUAUUUAUCAUCCUCAUUCGGGAAAGUGCCUUACUGCUUAUCGUACAACUGGGGGGCGUGCUGAUGUGCAAAUGGCAACUUGUAAUGCUGGAGAUAAAAAUCAAAUUUGGAAAUUUGAGAAAUAA